AUGUUUGGAUCAGUAUAUCCAGCUUUAGAAGAACUAAAACAGCCACUUUCGGAGCAACAACUCAACGUGCUCCGCAACCAACUCAAAGCAGAGGAGCCUAAACCAUCACCACAAACUCAAUUUAAUUAUGCAUGGGGGUUGAUAAAGUCGCCUACGCGAAAACACCAACAGGAAGCAGUGGUGAUACUCACAAAGUUGUACAAGACAGAGCCAUCAAUGAGGAGAGAAGUGUUGUAUUACUUAAGUUUGGGAUCGUUCAAGUUAGGUGAUUACACCAACGCCAAGCGUUAUGUUGAAACCUUGUUGAAAUCGGAGCCGGAAAACCAACAGGCAUUGGGUUUGUUGGAAAAUAUAGAAGAUAAGGUGACACAAGAGGGUUUAAUUGGGAUCGGUGUUGCCGGUGGUGUGUUGGCAGUGGGAAUUGGAAUUGUUGGAGCGUUGUUUAAUGAGUUGACUGUAAAGUCAGGAAAACCGGAAAUACGUUCGAAUGGAAUAGAGGAAUGGACUGUGCUAUCCAGUGUUGUUGCUAUCACUCGAGACGAAAUUAUACCCAUCACCUUAUCAACCGGGGUAAAAGUUUUACCAGACAGAGUCCGGAAUUAUCCAGACGGAAGAAUAGUCCACGACAUGCAUGCGGAGAUCUUAUCAUUGAGGCUUUUCAAUUACUUUCUUUUGGAGGAAGCAUCGAAGAAACAAUCCAAGUGGGUCAAUAGGAUCCAAAACAAGUACAAGUUUCGCGAUGAUGUGAAAUUGGCACUAUUUGUUAGUGAACCGCCAUGUGGAGACGUGUCGAUGAAUUACUUGUCGUCGUCACUCAUCUCUAGCGAGGCUUGGGAAGUAUCUUCACUGAACAAUGGUUUCCAUAGGGGCCGCAACAACUUCGACCAAUUGGGUGUAGUGAGGACCAAGCCAGGCAGGACUGAUAGCCUUAUUUCAUACUCAAAAUCGUGUUCUGAUAAAAUAUGCUUGAAGCAACUAACUGGCAUUUGCAAUGCCUCCUCAGCACACAUCUUUGACCCCAUUUAUUUGGAUUACUUGGUUGUUAAUAAAGUUGACUCAAUAGACUUUAACCGGUGCUUUAGAGAUCGUUUUCAACUUGGACGAGACGUGCAUUAUCUACAAUUACUCACACACGACGACGAUGCUUACAAGUUUCACAAGUCAGACGAGAAAGAGCCGUCCCCGCUUUCAUUGCUAUACAUCGUGCCGUAUAAUUUUCAUCAGGUUUUGAACAAUGGAGUGAAAAACGGUGCAUUUAUCAAAAACAAAGCUCCCCGACGUGGAGGUGAAAGCAUAAUCUGUAAUAAGAGCAUUAUGAACAAGCUUUGCCAAGUUUGCCAAAUAACUCAACCAAGCUACAGUUUAUUCAAAAUGGCCAAUACUGAGCGACAGACACUCAAGUCUAAAGGUCAAGUUCUGCUACAGAACUGGAGACAUACAAGCAUUGAUGAUUUUAAUUUAUAA